CGUUCCCCGAGUCCAUCACCGGACGGCAGUCAUUCCGUUUGCCUUGAACCAUGCUGACCAACACGGGCCCCGUGGCCAAACUCUACUUGUCCAUAAUUGAUGAUGUCAUUGAGAGUAUGAGGGAGCUCUUCUUGGAUGAAGGGCUUGAAGACCGCGUCCUGGACGAUUUAAAACACCUUUGGGAGUCAAAGAUGAUGCAGUCAAAAGCAAUGGAAGACUUCAGGAAAAAUAAUAUCAACUCGGCCAACUUUGUACUGCAGCUCCCCGCCAACUACAGUCGGACCAAUCAGGCACUCACAGUUGUGAUCCCUGCAAGUCAGAAUUUCCACAGUUUCCCCAUGAAGAACAAUUCAGAGAUGCUUCCUACUUUCUCUCUCCCUGCUGGGUUAUCUUACCCUGUGCAGAUACCAGCUGGAGUCACUCUACAAACAGCUUCAGGUCAACUUUACAAGGUCAAUGUUCCUGUCGUGGUGACUCAGGCCCCAGCAGGUCAGCCACCUCUAUCCCGACUCGUGCAGAAGAUCGGUGAGCGGAGAGAUGCUCCUGCCCCUCAGUCAGCUGCAGCCCCACCAAAUACCUUGUAUCGUCCUCAGGAGGCGGAGCCACCCUCUCUCCCAGCGACCGCUGACAAGCAGCCGCCACAUCCAAAGACCAAUUUCCCCCCCGCUCAGCAGAGCAGCCUCCCCCAGCCGUUGCUAGUUCCUCCUGCUGAGCCCUCACAGCCUCAGCCUCAGCCCUCAGUCUCUCUCGAGCCAAAGGUCCCGCUGGAAGAAAAUGAGCCAAGACCACCACCCGAACCUGUGAACCUCAGUAUGGCCGCCUCACCCUGCAGUCAGUUAUUAGACUUCCAGAUCAGCACCGAGGAGGCUUUGACACAGACGGGACAGUUAAAGACCAGAGACAUCGAUGACAUCCUGAAAGAAGUGAUUGAGGAGGAGAAAAAGAAGGCAGAAAUGGCCAGGAAUCUGGCGCCCGCCAAGACUGACAACCAGUCUGAGGGUGUUCUUGGGCUGGACCUGGACUUCAACUACAGCGAGCUGUCGGACAUCGUUCAGCUGGAUGGUCCUGCAGGCAACUCUGACAUGGAAGAGGAAGAGCCAGUUUCCCUGGAAGACAACGACUUCCUGGGUAUAAUCAACGCAGAGGCCAUAAAGGCCCUGGAGGGAGGAGACGGAAGCAGCGACGGCAACAGCAUCUCCUCCAGCAGCGACGGCGACGGAGCAGAUGAACUCGAUAACGUAGAGGAAGAGGAUCCUUUGAACUCAGGUGAUGAUGUGAUUGAGCAGGACAUCCCAGAUCUCUUUGACACAGACAAUGUUAUUGUUUGCCAGUAUGACAAAAUUCACCGCAGUAAGAACCGCUGGAAGUUUCAUUUGAAGGAUGGAGUGAUGUGUUACGGAGGCAGGGACUACGUGUUCUCUAAAGCUGUUGGGGAAGCCGAGUGGUGA